UCCCCCACACCUUCCACCAUCUCUUCCUUGUGCCGCGACUCUGUUACGAUCUUCCGCACAUUCUUGCAGGUCCUGUCUUGUCCAGCUUUUUAGCAGCACUUCCUGCCUGAUCUCCAAACCAUCAUCAACCCAGGGCAUCUCGACGUAAUAAGUAUCAUAUUCUCAAGAUGUCUGCCGCUGCUACCGCAAACCCGUCCGUUGACCAGCUCGCCACUGACCUGAGCAAUGCUUCCUUGAAUGGAGGCGAGGCAAACGGCGCUCCUGCCAUCAACACCGAUGUCUCCAAUACCCAAUCUGAGGACACUGAGACCGCCGCACCAACUCCAAGCUCUACUGCUCCCCACCCCCAGGCUUCCGCCUCGCUCUACGUUGGUGAGCUUGACCCCUCUGUCACUGAGGCUAUGCUUUUCGAGCUCUUCUCUCAAAUCGGCUCUGUCGCAUCUAUCCGUGUCUGCCGUGAUGCCGUCACUCGUCGAUCGCUCGGAUACGCCUACGUCAACUACAACACUACCCUUGACGGCGAGAAGGCUUUGGAGGAGCUCAACUACACUCUCAUCAAGGGCCGCCCUUGCCGCAUCAUGUGGUCUCAACGCGACCCAGCUCUGCGUAAGACCGGUCAAGGCAAUGUUUUCAUCAAGAACCUGGACGUGGCCAUCGAUAACAAAGCUCUUCAUGAUACUUUCGCCGCUUUUGGUAACAUUCUGAGCUGCAAGGUCGCUCAGGAUGAGUCUGGUGCCUCUAAGGGAUAUGGAUUCGUUCAUUAUGAAACCGAUGAGGCUGCCAACCAGGCUAUCAAGCACGUCAACGGUAUGCUUUUGAACGAGAAGAAGGUCUUCGUUGGUCAUCACAUUCCCAAGAAGGAUCGUCAGAGUAAAUUUGAGGAAAUGAAGGCCAACUUCACCAACAUCUACGUCAAGAACAUCCCCACCGAGGUCACUGACGACGAGUUCCGAGAAUUGUUCGAGAAGUAUGGUGAAGUUACAUCUGCAUCACUUGCUCGGGAUCAAGAGACUGGCAAGAGCCGUGGUUUUGGCUUUGUUAACUUCGUCAACCAUGAACAUGCUGCGGCUGCUGUUGAAGCACUCAACGGAAAGGAUUUCAAGGGCCAGGAUCUUUACGUCGGUCGUGCGCAAAAGAAGCACGAGCGUGAAGAGGAACUUCGCAAGUCUUACGAGGCUGCUCGUAUCGAGAAGGCAUCUAAGUACCAGGGUGUCAACCUCUACGUGAAGAACCUCGAGGAUGAUAUUGAUGACGAGAAGCUUCGUGAGCUCUUUGCACCUUACGGCGCUAUCACCUCAGCGAAGGUCAUGCGCGAUACCCCUGCCGAAACCGCCGAGGCGGAAGAGAAGGAAAAGAAGGAAAAGAAGGACGAAGAGAAGAACAAGGAAAACAAGAAGGAGGGCGAGACCGAGGCCGAAGAGGAGACUGAGAAGAAGGCCGCUGCGCCAAAGCCAGAGAAGCGCCCAUUGGGCAAGAGCAAGGGAUUUGGCUUCGUUUGCUUCAAUAACCCUGAUGAGGCCACCAAGGCUGUUGCCGAGAUGAACCAGCGUAUGGUCAACGGCAAGCCACUCUAUGUUGCCCUCGCUCAGCGCAAAGAUGUUCGCAAGAGCCAGUUGGAGGCAAGCAUUCAAGCCCGAAACCAGAUCCGUAUGCAACAAGCCGCCGCCGCCGCCGGUAUGCCACAACAGUACAUGCAAGCGCCCAUGUUCUACCCACCUGGCCAACAGCCUGGAUUUAUCCCACAAGCUGGCGGACGUGGUAUGCCAUUCCCUCCCCAAGCUGGUAUGCCCAUCCCAGGUGCUCAAGCUGGACGUCCUGGCCAAUAUCCUGGCGGUUUCCCUCCCCAAGGUGGUCGCGGCGUCCCGGGUCCUCAACAGCUUCCUCCAAACAUGUACGGCCUUCCCGGUCAAUUCCCUGCUGGGACUCCCUAUGCUCAACAGGGCAACCCACAGUUCUUGGCUGCCAUGCAGCAAGCUCAGGCCGCUGCUGCUCUAGCCGGCGGUCGUGGUGGCCCGGGCGCACGUGGACCUAUGCAAGGUCUGCCUGGUAUGCCACCCAACAUGGCUGGUCUUGGCCAACAAGGAAUUCCUGGCUUCCCUCAAGGUGCUAGACAAGGUGGCUUGCCGGGUCGCGGUGCUCAGGGUGGCCGUCCAGGUCAAUACCCAGGUGGCUUCCCUCCACAAGCCGGUCGUGGCAUGCCUCCUCAGAUUCCUGGUAUGCCAGCUGGUCCAGAGGGCAUUACUGGUGUUAGUCUCCUACAGUCGCAGCUCGCAACAGUUGGCCCACAGCAACAGAAGCAGCUCCUCGGAGAAGCUUUGUUCCCUAAGAUUCAGGUUAUGCAACCAGAAUUGGCAGGCAAGAUCACCGGUAUGCUUCUGGAGAUGGAUAAUUCGGAGUUGGUGAACCUCAUCGAGGAUGAGUCUGCUCUUCGGGCGAAGGUUGAUGAAGCUCUUACCGUCUACGACGAGUACGUAAAGAACAAGGGCGGUGAGGGCGAGGAGGCUACCAGUGAUGCAAAGGAGGGCGAGAAGACUGAAGAGAAGGCUUGAUUGCCCCAUCUCUUCGACACCUGCACAAGAAUACCCCUUAAUGACCUCUUUAUCAUCAUGCACAUUUCACGUAUUGUCAAUCAGCAGCUGGCUCGGGCACGGAAAAGUUUUGCGC